CCGUCCCUGUAUGCCUGUAUGGAUAUGUGGGAUGGAAAAUCGGCUUUUCUGCACGCACUCAACAGUUCCAGGUUGAGAACUCCGGGUUUAUGUUUCGAGAUCCUUCAAAGCAUUGUGUUCCGGCAGGUCCGCAAGCGGGCCCAGCGAAAGGUAAAAGCAGGUAACCCUACUUGGGUAAAGCAUCCGUACCGGACGAUCCAACCAGCAGGCACUCGACAGAAGGAAGCGCUUUCAUGGCGAACCUGUUUGUGGGGGAUGUUUGGGCGAAGGAUCUCUUCUUGGUACCUAACGUUAACACACCGUGCCGCGCCGUGCUGCUGCAGGAGGGUCUGUUGGUAUCGUCUAUUCCCUGUUGAGCAAGGCUCCCACUCUCCAGGCCCUUGGCGGUCGUUGGCACCCUUGCCGUUUGGCUGCUGCUUUCUCCUCAUCGGGCGCAUCGACGUGCUUGUCUUCGACCGCUACGACGCUCGAUGCCGGAUUUCCUCUUCCAAACCCAUCCAACGAGCUACUAACGUCCACCGCUCCCGCGCCGACAAACCACGUCGCCGCCGCCCCGCACCGUUGGUUUUGCACACAUCUCGCCAAGCAGGGUCACGUCUUACCAAACGAGUCGUGUUUUUCCGUGCUGUCCUCACACACGGCCCGUCUUGUUCCCCGCUGGCGAGACGGGUGCGAGCUCAGUCCACCAUCCGCCGUCCGCCAUUCAGCUCCAGUCCCACUCAGGAUUCAAAGCUCACGCUGGCGAUCCGUCGUGCCAGGGCAAGAGAACGCUCUGGAGCCGUCUGGUCGCCUCUGCCACUAUUCAACGAGCGCCGGCGAAAACAAGAUUUCCAGGACGACCCGCGACAGCCAAAUCAGAGUAGACCCUUUGACUCUUGUCGUUCGUCACUAGCAGCAUCGCAUCCAUCCGAGCUCCUGACCCCAUCCAGCCAUCUUCUUCUCGAACGCACCUAUCCUGUGCUUGCAGCCAUCGCACGUGCGUCCUAGGCCUUUAGAAUCUUCCCAGCCUCGGCCUCCCGCUACCCGUCGAGCCAGGAUUGAGCGCAAUGGCACUUGAGGCGCCCCUGAGGUCAUCAACAGGAAGUGUCACCUCGAUAUACUCGCCGUACGCAGACAUGUCGUUCUCCACCGGGCCCGAGUCGCCCGCCCUAUCCUCCCAGUAUAUGGC